CUUCUGAGCCGGCAGACGGGCUUGGGGUUCGUCACAUCCAUGGAUGUCUCUUCUGAUCCGUAUCUGCCCUACGAUGGCGGGGGAGGAGACGGCAUUCCGCUCAGGGAGUUGCAUAAACGAGGAACUCAUUAUACAAUGACAAAUGGAGGAAGUAUCAACAGUUCAACACAUUUACUGGAUCUUCUGGAUGAACCAAUUCCUGGAGUAGGAACGUACGAUGACUUCCAUACCAUUGACUGGGUUCGAGAGAAGUGCAAAGACAGAGAAAGGCAUAGACGGAUUAAUAGCAAGAAGAAAGAAUCGGCAUGGGAGAUGACAAAAAGUUUGUACGAUGCUUGGUCGGGAUGGCUAGUAGUCACUCUAACUGGUUUGGCAUCAGGGGCAUUGGCAGGAUUAAUUGAUAUUGCUGCUGACUGGAUGACUGACUUGAAGGAAGGCAUUUGCCUUAGUGCGUUGUGGUUUAACCAUGAACAGUGUUGUUGGGGUUCAAAUGAGACCACAUUUGAAGAGAGAGAUAAAUGUCCACAGUGGAAAACAUGGGCAGAACUAAUAAUUGGGCAAGCAGAAGGUCCAGGUUCAUACAUAAUGAACUACAUAAUGUAUAUUUUCUGGGCUUUGAGCUUUGCCUUCCUAGCAGUUUCUCUGGUGAAGGUAUUUGCUCCCUAUGCCUGUGGCUCGGGGAUACCUGAGAUAAAAACUAUUUUGAGUGGCUUCAUCAUCAGAGGUUACUUGGGGAAGUGGACUUUGAUGAUAAAAACAAUCACUUUAGUCUUGGCUGUUGCAUCAGGUUUAAGUUUAGGAAAAGAGGGUCCCUUGGUACAUGUUGCCUGCUGCUGUGGAAAUAUUUUUUCCUACCUCUUUCCAAAGUACAGCACAAAUGAAGCUAAAAAAAGAGAGGUGUUGUCAGCUGCCUCAGCAGCAGGAGUAUCUGUAGCCUUUGGUGCCCCAAUUGGUGGAGUCCUUUUCAGUCUGGAGGAGGUCAGUUACUAUUUCCCACUGAAAACUUUAUGGAGAUCAUUUUUUGCUGCUUUAGUAGCUGCAUUUGUUUUAAGGUCCAUCAAUCCUUUUGGUAAUAGCCGCCUAGUUCUUUUUUAUGUGGAAUAUCACACUCCUUGGUACCUUUUUGAACUGCUUCCUUUUAUUCUUCUGGGAGUAUUUGGUGGGCUCUGGGGAGCGUUUUUCAUCCGAGCAAACAUCGCCUGGUGUCGUCGACGCAAAUCUACGAAAUUUGGGAAGUAUCCUGUCCUGGAGGUUAUUAUUGUUGCAGCAAUAACAGCUGUCAUUGCAUUUCCUAAUCCAUAUACAAGGCUAAACACCAGUGAGCUUAUUAAAGAGCUCUUCACGGACUGUGGGCCGUUAGAAUCCUCCUCCCUCUGUGACUACAGAAAUGAUAUGAAUGCGAGCAAAAUAGUAGAUGAUAUUCCUGACCGUCCAGCAGGCACUGGAGUCUAUUCAGCUAUAUGGCAGUUGUGUUUAGCACUCAUAUUUAAAAUAAUCAUGACAGUCUUCACCUUUGGUAUCAAGGUUCCAUCUGGGUUGUUCAUACCUAGUAUGGCAAUUGGCGCAAUAGCAGGAAGGAUUGUAGGAAUUGCAGUGGAGCAGCUGGCUUACUACCAUCAUGACUGGUUCAUCUUCAAGGAGUGGUGUGAAGUGGGAGCUGACUGUAUUACGCCUGGUCUUUAUGCCAUGGUUGGUGCUGCUGCGUGCUUAGGUGGUGUGACAAGGAUGACUGUGUCCCUGGUAGUUAUUGUCUUUGAGCUAACAGGAGGGCUGGAAUAUAUUGUGCCCCUAAUGGCUGCAGUCAUGACCAGUAAGUGGGUAGGAGAUGCCUUUGGUAGGGAAGGCAUCUAUGAGGCACACAUCCGACUGAAUGGAUAUCCUUUCUUGGAUGCAAAGGAAGAAUUUACUCACACAACACUGGCUGCUGAUGUUAUGAGACCUCGAAGAAGUGAUCCACCUUUAGCGGUUCUGACACAGGAUAAUAUGACAGUCGAAGACAUAGAAAACUUGAUCAAUGAAACCAGCUAUAAUGGUUUUCCUGUUAUUAUGUCAAAAGAAUCGCAGAGACUAGUGGGCUUUGCUCUAAGAAGAGAUUUAACUAUUGCAAUAGAAAGUGCUAGAAAGAAGCAGGAAGGGAUUGUUGGCAGUUCCAGGGUCUGUUUUGCCCAGCAUACCCCAUCGCUUCCAGCAGAAAGCCCUCGACCUUUGAAGCUUAGAAGCAUACUUGAUAUGAGCCCUUUCACCGUGACAGACCACACACCCAUGGAAAUAGUGGUGGAUAUUUUCCGGAAGCUGGGUCUGAGGCAGUGCCUUGUAACACACAAUGGGAUUGUCUUGGGGAUCAUCACAAAGAAGAACAUAUUAGAGCAUCUCGAGCAACUAAAGCAGCACGUCGAACCCUUGGCGCCUCCUUGGCAUUAUAACAAAAAAAGAUAUCCUCCGUCAUAUGGCCCAGACGGCAAACCAAGACCCCGCCUCAAUAAUGUUCAACUGAAACCCAUAGCUGAGGAGAGAGAGGAAACGGAAGAGGAGGUUCAUUUGUUGAAUAGCACAACACUUUAGGCUGGGGGAUACUUCCAAAAUCAGAGACGAGACCUGGGUUUUUGCUGCUGGAAAUCAGGAGUUGGUCUGGGGGAGUAUGUGGCGAGGAGCAAGGCUGAUGGGAGCGUGGGAAGGGAGAGCCGCUGUCCUGCACUGGAUGCGUCCCGAGGCGUCAGGUCUGCCAUGAUAGUGCAGUGGGUGAGCCGUGUGAGGUGGUGCAAUUCUCCAGCCCCAGCCUGGUACUUCAGCUUUGAAGAGAUGUGUUACUAGUCCCUGUUUCUGGAGGGAUCAUUCUGAAUUGAGCCAUCUUAUAGAGACUGAAAGGUCUUGCCCUUUUUACCAUUGAGAACUGUUGUGUUAACUCAUGAAGCGUAUUAAUUAUUACACGUCACCUUUCUACAUUCCAGAAGAGCUUUAUUUCUCUCUCUCCUGAGCCGUAACAAAGCCUCUUUAAAAUUGGUGUGCCCUUUUGAAGCAGUUGUUUCUCAUAUUGAGAUGUACUGUGAGUUACUGAGGUUCGAUCACAAGAAGGGAGGUUUUUCUUGUGCCAUUAAACGUGUAAGUUUGUACAUCGUGAAAUGCUCGGGGCAGUACAGGUCUGCUGUGCAAAACCAGAUUGAACAGGUGAUGAAUACCUUGCAGGAACCAUGUGAGACUUCUUUCAACCCAUGUGC